AUGAAGGCCCAGCAGGAUGGAGACGUCCUCCAAGAGGAUUCCCCUCACGACAACGGGGACCUACAGAGCAACCGGUACAACUCCGUCUCCCCUCCGUCCUCGCCUGCAGAUUUGGAUGAACCCUUCUCCACUUACUUUGAAGAGAAGGUGGCCAUACCCGGAAAUGUCAAUCAGGUGUUUAGUUUCCGGAAACUCUGGGCUUUCACCGGGCCCGGCUUCUUGAUGAGCAUUGCUUACUUAGAUCCGGGGAACAUUGAGUCUGACCUGCAGUCUGGAGCUAAAGCUGGAUUUAAGCUGCUAUGGGUGUUGUUGGGAGCCACCGUCAUCGGUCUGCUGUUGCAGAGAUUGGCGGCGCGUCUGGGCGUCGUCACCGGAAUGCACCUGGCCGAAGUCUGCAACAGGCAAUAUUCCACGGUCCCACGGAUCAUCCUGUGGAUCAUGGUGGAGUUAGCGAUUAUUGGCUCCGACAUGCAGGAGGUGAUCGGCUGCGCGAUAGCUCUCAAUCUUCUCUCCGUGGGCAGAAUUCCUUUAUGGGCCGGAGUACUCAUUACCAUCACCGAUACGUUCGUUUUCCUCUUUUUGGACAAAUACGGCCUGAGAAAACUGGAAGCCUUCUUCGGCUUUCUUAUCACCGUCAUGGCUAUCGCUUUCGGUUACGAGUACGUGCUGGUGAAACCGGACCAAGGAGAAGUCCUGAAGGGCAUGUUCGUGCCGUACUGCGCCGGAUGCGGGCCGGCGCAACUGGAGCAGGCCGUCGGCAUCGUCGGCGCCGUCAUCAUGCCGCACAACAUUUACCUGCACUCGGCUUUGGUCAAAUCUCGUGAAAUUGACCGUCGAAAUAAGAAGGAAGUCAAGGAAGCCAACAAGUACUUCUUCAUCGAGUCGACCGUGGCGCUCUUUGUCUCCUUCCUCAUCAACGUCUUUGUGGUGGCCGUCUUUGCCCAGGCCUUCUACAAUAAAACCAACAUGGACGUGAACACGGAGUGCAAUACAACCAGCAUCCCCCACCAAGGUCUUUUCCCCCUCAACAACGAAACACUGCAGGUGGAUAUCUACAAAGGGGGGGUGGUUCUGGGCUGUUUCUUCGGCCCCGCCGCGCUGUACAUCUGGGCCAUCGGCAUCCUGGCGGCGGGGCAGAGCUCCACCAUGACGGGCACCUACUCCGGCCAGUUUGUCAUGGAGGGUUUCUUAAACCUGCGGUGGUCUCGCUUCGCGCGAGUCUUGCUGACCCGCUCCAUCGCCAUCACGCCGACGCUGCUGGUGGCUAUUUUUCAGGAUGUGCAGCAUCUGACGGGGAUGAACGACUUCCUCAACGUGCUCCAAAGCAUGCAGCUUCCUUUUGCUUUGAUCCCAAUUCUGACCUUCACCAGCCUGACAUCAAUCAUGAACGACUUUGCAAACGGCUUGUUUUGGAAGAUCGGCGGCGGCGCGGUCAUCCUGUUGGUUUGUGCCAUCAACAUGUACUUUGUGGUGGUCUAUGUCGCAACGCUAAACAGCGUACUUCUCUACAUCCUGGCCGCAUUGCUCUCCGUCGCCUACCUGUGCUUUGUAGGCUACCUGGCGUGGCACUGUUUGGUCGCCCUGGGAGUCACCUGCCUGGACUUUGGCAGCAGGGUAAGCAAUCGAGCGGAUAUCGGUCUCGCGCGGCACACCGAUAUUUAUUUACUGAAUGACAUGGACGUGGACAGUACGGUGGAGAGAUAG